AGUUUACCGUCCUCUUGCCACGUCAGUGAAGCGUCGCUUCAAGCUGUCAGAGCAUUCAGCAAACCAGCUAGAAUUCAAUGGAGGAGGCUUUCUGUGUAUUGUAAAGAAGAAGUUAAGUUUUUUUUUCCAAUUAACUUAAACAUCAUGAGACACCCUUGUCUUUUACUUUUGGCUGUGUACAUAGCCUUUAUAAAUGCCACCGAAUUAACUUUUGAAUUGCCCGACAACGAGAAACAAUGCUUUUACGAAGACCUAGAGCAAGGAGUCAAGUUUGAUAUAGACUUUCAGGUUAUUGCUGGAGGAAACUAUGAUGUUGACUGUUUUGUGACAGAUCCAUUGAAUAACAUGCUGUAUCAGGAACGAAAAAAACAAUAUGACAGCUUUUCCCAUACAACAACAAUGAAGGGAGUGUACAAGGUCUGCUUCAGCAACGAGUUCUCCACCUUCUCUCACAAAACUGUUUACCUGGACUUCCGAUCUGGAGAGGAUGACAGAUUAUUGCCUGACAUGAACAGAGCGACAGCUCUCACACAGAUGGAGUCGGCCUGCUUGUCUAUCCAUGAGAUCCUGAAAGUGGUUUCAGACUCUCAGACCUGGUAUCGUCUUCGAGAGGCUCAGGACCGACUCAGGGCUGAAGAUCUGAAUGAGCGUGUGCACAUUUGGUCCAUUGGGGAGACCAUCAUCCUGUUUGUGGUCUGUAUUGGCCAGGUGCUUAUGCUUAAGAGUUUCUUCAAUGAGAAGAAAGCCAGUGUUGCCACCAGCACAUAGACCUAGAUCUCUAGUUUGCUGUCUUCUCUCCUUUAAUAUAAUGAGCUGAUUCAUUAGUCUGGUCCCCUUAAAACAAGCAGUCUUGAUUGCUGCCUACAACCAAUAAAAAAUUACCUCUGUCAAACAAAAUGCCUUAAUUACAGAGUAAUGUAGUAAAAGCUGCACACAAAACUGUUUACCUGGACUUCCGAUCUUUCAUUAUAUUGUGUUAAAUAUUCAAAUUGGCCUCCAUGUGCAUUGCUCACUGUUGCAGUAAUGAAAAUUGACCUGCUGAACCUUUUAUUAUGCCACAUCUGACCAGUGUUGAUUGUUUUGUUCAAAAUGUAUUUUAUCUACUUGAAGUGUGCCUUUGUCAACUUCAAAUGCAUAUGUCUUUACAUACUUUAUAUAGAAAACAAAGAAUAGUUUGGUAGUUUUUGUAUGGUAAUAAUGACAAUAUGAUAAUGAAUGAUUAUGUUGCUGUGUUGAACCUCUGUUUUUCUAUUUAGCAAAGCCCUUGUUUGUUUAUCCCACAUUCAAAACGGAAAAAUCCAUGCAGGUGAUUUAUUUAUAUGUAUAGAUAUAUCUGGCAAAAUCUGAAAUGCUUAUUAAAAUUCAUACUUUUUAACCCUUAAAGGGGUCAUGAAGUGAGAAAUAAA